CCUCCACCAUGGACCCUUCAACCAACCCCCACCCCCGAUUCGGAUGGAUCGGUCUCGGCUCAAUGGGCCAAGCCAUGGCCCUGAACCUCCAAGCCCACCUAUCGCACAUCAACGCCCCAUCUCUGAAAUUCUACAAUCGAACCGCAGCUCGUGGACUCCCCGUCCAUGAGAUUGGGGGGGUGCAGUACACCAACAUCCCCGACCUCAUCGCCAACACCGAUAUCUGCUUCAUCGCCGUGACUGAUGAUACUGCUGUUCGAUCAAUCAUCGACACUAUCACGACAGUAGGCCCAGAGUAUCUACGCCAGAAACUCAUCGUCGAUACCACGACCGUCCAUCCAGAUACAUCUGCCUGGGCAAAACAACGUCUUGGAGAACACGGAGCAACCUACAUCGCAUCACCGGUAUUCGGGGCCACGCCAACCGCGCAAGAAGGCAAGUUAUUGUUUGUGGUUGCGGGCACGGAUGAGGCCGUGCAGCGGGUGGAGCCGUACAUUGUGGGUGUUAUGGGGAGGAAGAUGAUGAGGUUGGGCGAGGAUGUUACGAGGUCUACGUUGUUGAAGUGUACGGGGAACUUCCUCAUCGGCGGCAUGAUGGAACUCGUCGCCGAAGCACAGGUGUUAGCGGAGAAGUCCGGUCUCGGGAGUGAGGUUCUCGAGGGGUUACUGGAAGAGCAGUAUGGUCCUCUUCUUACCUCCAUGUCGAAGAGGAUGACUGGGGGUUUCUAUCUGCCUGAACGGGGUCAGCGACCGUGGUCAGAUGUGAAUUUGGCCAUUAAAGAUGUCUCGUUGGGGGUGAGUUGUGCCGAGGGAGCGGGAACCGAUUUGCCCGUCGCGCGGGUGGUUUUGGAUCAUCUCCGGGAGGCUCGGGGGUAUGGAGAGGAAAAUGGACGGGCAUUAGAUUCGUCGUCAAUGUAUGGGGUGUUAAGAGAGCGUGCGGGACUUGCGUUUGAGUCGGAGAGGGUGAAGCAGAGGGAUGCUGGGAGGAGUGAUUAAGUUGAGGGGGAAUAUGGUGGGGAGUUAUAUAUAUC